GUAUGUCCUUGAUGCAAAGCUUAAUUCUGGUGCCAACACAGAUGAUAAGUAAAGUCCCCAAGGAAAGACUUUUGUUUGUGUCGUAUCCAUUGAGUUCCAGAUGCUGACGUCAGGGUUGAGGUUUUCGUCUGGCUAAAACCUCCAUGAUCUAUGGUUAUAGUGUAAGUGCUGCAGACCUUGUCUUGUGUAUGUGGCUGAUAUAUAAUCCAUUUGUGUUUGACCACUGUCUGUAAAGCAAAUUGCCGCACAGGGACAUUGAAGUUUAAUUCCUACUCUAUUAUACAGACUAGGACACUAUAGCAUUGCAGUGACUUGCAGUUUCAAACAAACCUGGACCACCUUAGACUAGAAAAAGGGGAAAGGAGAGCCGUUUUAGACCUGCAGACAAAGACGUCUUGACACUGUCUGAACAUAAAGAGACGAAAUGACUGUGGUUUGUUACAUUUAUGACUCUAGAAGCCAAAGUGUUAUCAGGCAUUUCAUGUAGCUACUGUCUGUGUGUGUUUGAGACUGUACAGCUUCCAGUAGGAUAUUUUUUACAGGACACUCUUUUACUCAUAGUUGUAGAAAAUCACAGGUGUUAUCAAAAAAUGACACUAUCAAUGGUUCUGUUGCAUUCAAGCGUCUCAGUAAUUCUUGAACUACUGAGGCCCGUUUUUUUUUUUUUCAAUUUCCAUCAACAUUUUAUCAUUUAUAUAAAUGAAUUAACUAUGACAUUUCAUAUGGCAUGCAUAUCAUUAUUUGAUAUUUGUUUGUAUUAGCUAACUCACGUUGGGCCCUUAUGUAGGCCACUGUGAUUUGUGUCUAUUGCCAACUGAACUCUUGCGUGCGGCGCACCAGCCCUGAACGCAGCAGUUACCUUCAGGUUCAUCAGAUACUGUCACUCACUGCUCUAUCUAGCGUUACCGAAAUAUAACAACAAUGUGAUGUUGGAGUAGAGAGUGUCACUCUUACUACUUAGGGGCAAAUACAGCGCGUUAUGCAGUUAAAUGAGCCGUGUGGGAGUCUGCAUUUAAAAUCAUUUUAUCCUCCCGGUUAGUUGUCUUGGAACUUGGAAGCUAGCUAGUUGACGCUACCUAAGCUAACGUUAUUAAACGUCAGUUCACUUCCUGUUGUAACGGUUAAACUUGAGAGGCAUUGCUCGAGUGUCAAGCCGUAGCUCAGAUUACUGUCGACGGUCCGAAAUUGUUGUGACCAGUCAGUGGUUUUUUUUCUGUCUGAGAGGCGUGCGGACGACGCCAGCGGCCAGUUAAUUUACUGAGGUGGACGUGACGCCAAAUUUAAAGUAGCAGGCAGCAGCCAGGGGGGAUUGCCCCUCAGUAGAGCAUUGAGCUAGCAGGCUAACACGCGGCCAGGCGAAGGGUUUACGAAUUUGUUCAUCCAGCCUUCGUCCGAUCACAACAAAAUCGUAAUAUUGAGCUCCCCGCGGGUCUGCGUGAGCGCCACCCACCGCCCCAUGCCCUCUGACUGGAUGGGAAACAGUUAGCCAGUGGAGCCGAAGAGGAAAGCAGUCAGCGGUUGUGUUAAACAUGGAGGAUGAAGAGGUUGCGGAGAGCUGGGAAGAGGCGGCGGACAGCGGGGAAAUCGAGAGAAGACUCGAGGCUAAGCUGAAAAUAAACCAGGAGGCAAAGUACAGGAAAUCCAGCUUGGGUUCUGGUGGCUCACCGGUUCGAACUGCUAUUGUCAUCCAGGAUGACUCCUUGCCUGCGGCACCCCCACCACAAAUUCGAAUUCUGAAACGUCCUUCAAACAACGGUACCGCGGGAAACCCUGCAUCCUCAUCUCGUCCCUCUCAGCAGAUGAAGUCUUUGGCCCAGAGGGAAGCAGAGUAUGCUGAAGCCAGAAGGAGGAUUUUGGGUAGUGCUUCUUCAGAUGAUGCGCCUCAGGACAAUCCGUGCCAGGACAGGCCAGCUCGUACGAGUGCGCAGCAAACAUCAGAACCAGUUCGUCCAAACAAUAAUGUGAUCCGCCAGCCCACCGGCCCAGAUGGCACCUCAGGCUUCCGCCUUUGCAGAUAAACAGGAGUUACGUGCUGCAAGGAAUUAGCUGUCUCCCUGAGAGGGCAUGAAGGGUGGCAGUUAAAGGGGAUGUGUGUGCUAUGUAAAGCAGAGUGGUGGGAUGACACAUACAUUAGAAAUAUGAAGUCGUAGCAUGGAUUGAAAUGAACUUCUCCACCUCUCUCUGCUCUGCUUAUUGGCGUGGUCUUUGCCUUUCACCUUGUCUUUCCCAUCUGUGGAAUGUUUCAAGGGGCUGGCAGAGAUCAGCCAAAGAUCUGAAACCCCUUCUGUUCCACACUGUGAACAGGCGUUCGCCUCACAUCCCUACACACUGUGAUACUUUGAUGUACCAUGAGGUGCCCUAUGAUUUUAAGUAUGAUUGGCCGGCCGAGUGCCAGGGCAUCAGGUGUCUGCCUCUUCAGGGAGAAUAAGGAGAGCUCAUGAAUCUGUGGGAGUCCCCCCAGAGACGUGCAAACGAACAAACUGGCCUCUCCGCUGAUGGAGCGUGGAUCAGGGCUGGGUGUCCACCGGGGAGCUGGCCUCUGUUUGUCGGGUUCAGUGGAAAUUAAGUGCUUGACAGUGUUGAGAGUUUACUGUGUGUUCAGCAGCGCGAGUGCAAGGUGAUAGAAAGUCACACUGAUCUAACACUUUGAGUAAAAGUGUGUUUUAAUACUGUAGUUGCAUAGCAAUGGCAGAGGCCCAGACCAGCACUCUCCACAGGUCUCUGUUUGGCACUGGUGGCCAUGAAAGAAAUGCCCGGUGGGCACACAGCCUGUGGCCAAAGAUUAUAGAUUGAGAGGACAGAGUGUCACUAAAUCUAGGCUUAUUGAAGCAAUAAUAAUGAAUUUACUCCCUGGUUUAUUUUUUACAUGUUGCCUAAUUACCUGUGCAGAGUUUUGUUUCAGAUUAUCUUUUGUUUUUUGAAGUUUACAUUGUUUUCUUCAUGUUCGUGUUUUUUUUUUUUUUUUCUGAGACAAUGUGUUUAGGUCAAGAGCUAAGUAGUGUAUCAGAGAUUAGAUCAUGUAACCUGCAUAGGAAACUGUAUUAGCAGUGUCAUACAAUUUUAAUCAAACUGGAAAAAGGCAGGCUUACUCAUGAAUUGAAAAUCCAAAGGUAAUGUGCAUUAAUGUCCUUGUGUGUUGCCUCAUUGUUUCUAAUCAGAGUAGCUAAGUAGGAACUUACAGCCAACUGCACUGCACCUGCACCAGUACCAGUGUAUUGACUGGUGUUGCUAUUAAAAACGAUGGUGUCCCCAUUUCUUCAGAAAAAAAAUCAACUAUUUGAUACCCAGUUUUGAGGAUGAUAACACCACAUGACAGCUGCUUUAUUUUUGGAAAAGAUAUGUUGGGGAACUUUGUGGUGAAAACUACAAAAUUGAUCCAAAAAUUGUAAAAAAAAAAAAAAAUCAAAUUUCUUAAUCAGUAUAAUGAAGCCAAAUCCCACUGUCUGGUAUUGAUGAAUGUAUUUCCUGUUGUGUUUUUUGAGACAAAUGGAUUCAACAGCAUUGUUUCCUUGUUUGCCAAUUCAAAUUAAGAAAAAUAGACUCGCCAGAUACUGACAGUUACUGACAGUUGUGUAUUAAAUGUACCUGAAGCAAAUUUGAACCUUCUGACACUUGUAUGCCUUAAAUAACAAACGAUUCCUGGCUACAUAUGUACAUUUUCCAGUGGUAGUGCUUGUUAAUCUUGCGCCUUUUUUGUGAACUUUUGAUAGGUUAAUUAUUUCAUGAAUAAUACAGCUUACACUCAACAAGUGUUUUAGGAAACACAAAACCACACUCAGUUAGGGUGCAGUGAUGCUUUUAUUACCGAGGUUUUCCUCGACUGUGGGUCAAACCCUUGAUUGUGAAUAUUCGCUGUAAGGAGUUAACACUGUGGUUAACAGUAAAUUAAACAACUUGCUCAUCACAGCAGCCGACUUCUCCAUGUGUUUAAACUGGUACCACUUACUCCAACCUUUACUAGAUUCAAAAAGUGAGUGCAUCUCACUCAUCUCUGAAUACUGAAGUUACCCUUUGUUGUUGUUUGAUGACACUACUAUAAGUUGUUCAUUACAGCUGUAAUCUAUCAAUAUGUAAGUUUUAUGAGAGAGUAUACUCUGUAUACUGGAUUCGGACCUACAACAUCACAAUACAUUAUUCCUAGGGAUCAGGGUCAAUUCUUGCGAUCGGAGAGAUUUCUAAUCAUCACAAACUGAUGGUUGAAAGCAAAUGCCUAUCCUGUACCUGUACCACGUGAUCGACCCAUGAAGUUUUGUUUCAGCCAUUCAUAGACACCUGUCUAGUUUUGAUGUCAGUGUUAUUUUGAAACUUGAACAACACAAAUGGCAUUUGAAUACCCUUUAAUAAACACAGUUCAAAAUGAAA